AUGCCGAAUCACAAAAAAGUCAAGGCUGAACGCGACCGCGCCGCCGCCGCCGCCGAGCGCCAUCGGCGUGAACGCGAGGCGAGAGCGUCGGUCGAGGAACGACAAAGAAGGAUGACGGAAAUGCUUCGAGAGCGGGGUGGACGCACCGUGCUCGAUCGCGAGAGCGGACGAAGCUUCACCGUGGGCGGCGCGGGCGUGAGCGGGGCGAGCGGGGCGGAGAUGGCGCUGAACCUGCUGCGGAUGCGAUUGCAAGCGGAGGGUGGACGCGAGCCGAGCUUGGUUUUUCAAGACGCGCCGCGAGAUCGCGACGAGGACGACGAAGACGAACUCAUGAGGAAUCAGUUGGGGAUAAGCCAAGACGCGGCGACGCGGUACGAAGUCGGGGAUGAGGUUGAUUUCAUACGAGAUGGACGAGCGUUGGGACCGCCGUACGAGUCCGAGAGACCGGGCGAGAGCUAUUGGAUGCGAGGAAUAAUCAUCAAGAAGUGGGCGUUGGCCAAGGAGUUCGAUAACUUGCAUCGCCUCCCCCUGCGAGAGGUUCCGCCCGUGUUCCCGUACGCCGUGCGCGUGUUAGAUGAAGACGGAGAACACGGCGAGGUCUGGCCCGUGCUACGCGACGAUCCCGAUCACUGCCGAGCAACGGCGGCGAAGUACCAAACCGGUUACGAAGGCUUGCGUUUCAAGGUUGGCGACGCGGUGGAGUGCGCGAUCGGCCCCAACGAGUGGAUGCGAGGCACCGUUCGCGAACUUCAUAAGCCCUACCCCGCCUGGGGCCACGGAUGGUACGCGGAUGGAAAAAGUAUCGCGGGCGCGACGAAGGAUACCGUUCCGUACUUCGUCACCCCGCACGGCAAAGAGCUCCACGGUGCUUACGAGUACGAGGACAUCAUCAUGGUUCCCGCCGAUAACGACGGCUACGUGCGCGCCGCGAGAUGA